ACAGUAUAAUUAAUGUAUUAUUCACUUAAACAUUUUUAUACGUACGUCGUCUAAGUAUUGGUUGAUCAUUCGUAGAGCUGAACGCAUAUUUCUAUAGUAGUAUGGCGUCCAAGAAAGAAUUAAUACUGCUGUUUCUGAUUUCCUUCUGUUCUGCUGUCUGCUCAGCAGUUAAGUUUGAAGCAUGUUACUUACCAGAGAAAGCACGAGAUGUCAAGCCAAUCAGAUCGUAUCCUCGCCCCUAUGAGGCAAUGGACCUGAGCAGCCUCCCGGCACAAUGGGACUGGCGGAAUGUGGAUGGAAAGAAUUAUGUGAGUCCCACAAGGAACCAGCAUAUCCCCCAUUUCUGCGGCUCCUGUUGGGCUAUGGGGUCAACAAGCGCACUUGCAGAUCGUAUUAACAUCAUGCGCAACGGUUCGUGGCCAUCGGCGUAUCUAUCUGUCCAGCACGUGAUCGAUUGCGGCAAUGCCGGCAGUUGUCACGGGGGCUUCGAUAUCGGUGUGUACAAGUACGCCCAUGAGCAAGGGAUACCCGAUGAGACAUGCAACAACUACCAAGCCAUUGACCAAGAAUGCAAUCCACUAAACCAGUGCGGAACAUGUAGCCCCGAUGGCAAAUGUAUACAGCUCUCGAACUAUACCAUAUACAAGGUAGCUGACUAUGGAGGGCUCACCGGACGUGACCAAAUGAUGGCAGAAAUAUAUCAGUCUGGACCGAUCAGCUGUGGCAUCGAUGCUAGUCCAAUGUUUCACAACUAUUCUGGGGGCGUGUAUAGUGAAUAUAACACCAAGCCCUUGCUAAAUCAUAUCGUCUCUGUAGUUGGCUGGGGAGUUGAUCGCACGGGAGUGGAAUACUGGAUCGCAAGAAACUCGUGGGGAACUCCAUGGGGAGAGACUGGAUGGUUCCGAAUAGUGACAAGCAAGUUUAAAGGAGGUCAGGGAAACAAUAACAAUCUCGCCAUUGAAUCGGAAUGUGCAUUUGGUGACCCAAUCCUACCAUAAGUUCUUGUCUCUGACACCCCCCCCCCCCUCCCACCCCUAAAUCUAACACACAGACCUAACAGAGAGACACACGCGCGCGCCACACACCCAAAUUCCCCCCCACACACACACACACACACCCUCUCACACACGCAAAUAGUAUUCAGUUUGUUGCUGUAGCGGCGACAAAGCCUAAUAUGCUUCAGUACAACAUAUAUUCUUGUGGCUUUUUAUUUCUCUUUUGUGUACAUAUAAAAAAAAUUAUAUAUAACAUGUAAAACAUAGUCAUGUUUGUGAGUGUUUGGCAAGUUACAUAUCAUUUGAAGCUUAGGACGAACUUUUUCGAUCUCAAUAAAUACCUCAAAAUUCACCAUGAUCUUGGGCGACUUAUUAUUGGUUUGGGGAUGGCAGGGUCGCAUUUGAUACUUAAUUUAAUGUAAUGUAUUUUUUAUAUAUCUGUCAGGAUCAGUAAGCAUUCAUGGGGUUUUGGGGGUAUGAUUUUGUAUGGUUUAAUGCUCAGUAAUUGAUAUUGACCUAAUUUAUUAAGUUUUUCCUUGCUUUAAAAAAGAUAAAUGAUUUAUUAUGAUAAUUUCUUGUUAUAACCUAAGAAUGCGUAAUUCUCUGUGGUUAUAUUGAGAAAAAAGAAAUAAUUUUGAUGAUUUUAUAUUUGUUUGUGUGUUCAUAAUCGUCGAUGAUGAUUCAUUACUUCAGAGGUUCUUUGUUUUUUUAAUAUCGCUUUUGAAUUUAGUUCCACUGGUUAUAAGAACCCAUGUUGGUCAACCCUUAAAGUUGAUUUGGACAUAAAGAAACAAUUCAGAAUGCAUAUAGCAGUGCACAAAUAUUUCUUGGUAUUUUCAAGUUUCGCGUAUUUUCACAAAAUAUUUACAUGUGCUUAAUUAUGAGGAGUAUGCAAUUUAGAAAAAAAAAGUUGACGUCACACAUUAUUUACUUUGUACUUUCUUUUCUUUUUUCUUCAAUCGAGACACAAACUUGAUUCUGAGAGUUAGCGCAAAUCAUACAGAGGGUCAUUCAUUGAUUACGAAUCAUUGGACAUGAUUGGUCAAAUCUCAUCUUGCCAGGACCUACCCAUAAUGACGUCAUAAUCAAAUUACACAUGCUCAGUGUUUUGAUUAGAUAGUUACGUUCUCAUGGCUGUCCAAAGAGAGAGGGAGAGGAAGUAAAAAGAUAUUGCGCCAUCUCGCGAUGAUUAAGGACAGUGCUUUACAACAGAUCGACGAGUUCUAUUUGAGCAUUCUUCUCCGCUCCUUUACUCUGCUUCGAGAGACACAAAGAAGCAAUAAUUCUUUCAAAAUCUGUCAAUUACACUUUCUUAUCGAAGCAAUUCUUGAAAAGUACGAUGCAUUUCGAUGAGUGAUGUAUCCAGUACAUUAUCUCCGUCUCCUCAUUAAAUUAAUCUCUACAUUCUAGAAGAAAAUUGCCCUUGUUUUCGAUUUUCAUGAUCAUUCCAUUCGUCUCCUCCUAUGGCUUUAGAGGGGCAUUGUUGCAUUCAUUAAAGGCUUCGGGGAGAGUUCUCCACGACUGUUCUGGGAGGUGAAAUGCUUCGCUAGGGACUUGAGAGGAUGAACAGUAAUUUACCAUCAAUCUCGGAAAAGGGGGAAAAUGAAUUACGGUUUGCGGUGAUAAUUCAACCCCCACUGUGUCAUCUCGUCUGUCAUAGAUCUAUUGUGUUAUUAUGAACCUUAGGGAUGACAUCACUAAAGAUACCUGACAUGUCAACAAAGAGACAAGACUCAAUAAAUAACCUUUUCUGUU